AUGUCAUUGAAAAAGAAACCUCUUUCCAUACUUGGCGAUCUAAACGAUGAUUUAAACAAGCCAAAUUCUAAAUUAAUGUCCGAGGAGAGACUGUGCAUUGAUGUGCUCAAUUCUGAUUGUGCUUGGUGUUUUGACCGCCGGACUUUCAGCGUCAAACAUCCUGCUCGUCUUUCCCAAGAAUCAACUCUCUUACAAAUUUUGCAAGCAGAUAACGUAGACAAACAGGAUAAGGCCUCAGCCAAUAGUUUCAAACCACAACCUGUUCAAAUAGAAACCGUAAUCCUGACAAAGUCUGUGGGAGUGGAUGGCAUUGCUCUUCGCUUUCUCAGAGACAGCCUACCUGCUGUGGCGUAUUAUUUAACGGUUAUCAUUAAUACAUCUUUGGUCACCGGUGACUUCCCAUCGCUCUGGAAGCAUGGCAUAAUAACACCAGUUCUCAAAUCUGGCGACAAAGACGAAGUUAAUAAUUAUCGCCCUAUUACCAUACUUCCUAUGCUGUCGAAGGUUCUCGAAGAAAUCGUAGCAGACCAAUUGACAAUAUUUCUAGACACAUGA